UUCUUCUGGCCAUUGUUCAUUCUUUUCGUCUUCGCGGCCGUUUGCGAGGCGGUUUUGCUGCAUUUGUUGUCUUCCUGGGUGUUUUUCCAUUCAACAAUGCCGAGGAAACGCAAGCAUUCCAGCGAAGAGGAAGACGAGGAGGCGGAAGAUGUUGAAAAUAACGUGAGAACAAAGCGACGUGCUGCUGUCGAAGCGCGUGAUCGCGUGGCGGCGAAGGAGGGCGCCAGCGACGACGAGGAAGAGGAAGAAGACUUUGAAGAAGAAGACGACGAUAAAGAUGAAGAUUACGAAGGAGAAGCGCCUGAUGAAGAUGAGGGUGAAGAAGAAGCAGAUGAUGAUGAUGACGAAGAAGAAGAGAACCAGGCUGGAGAAAGGGACGAAGGAGAUGAAGAAGACGAAGAGGUUGAUGAGGAAGAACCCGAGACUGUUUUGUGCAUUCUGGCAGAUUUAGAAGAACCUACUGAAGGUAAUGUUCUGUUUUAUUGUAACGCCUUCAUCUUCGGGGGCAUUUUGUGAGCGAAAAACUUUUUCUUUUACCUUUUGUUCUUUCGAAAACCUCUCAAAUGUCUCUUACUAUCACGUCCGUGAUCAGACCGCGUGGAGCGACGCGCGCGACUGAACAUAAAGCUCGCCAAUCAUUUUGCGCCUUUAGUUGAAAACUACGUAUCGUGAUGGAAUAUGUUUUUUGGCAGAUUUGUUGUUGAUUUUCAAAAUUCUCAGUGGUUCAGCUGGUGCUAUUCUCAGCUUCUUUUGUCUAACGAACGCGAGUGCACCUUUUGUUCGGCCUCGACGCGAACUACAGCACGUGGACAUUUUUUUCGCUAAUUUAAUUGUCAACCUCCCUAACGCGUAGAAAUAUUAUGCGAUAUCGAUUUCUUAAUUUACAUGUACCUUCGCCAGUUUAAAAAAUAUUUUGUUGUAAAAUUUUUUUGUCAAACACACAGUUCUCAUCGGUCAGAAACCAAACAACUGCAAGCAAUAAGCUUAAUAAUAAAUUAGAAAAUGCUCUUAGACGAUCACAACUCGACGCCAUACAAAUCGAAAUUUCUGAGCUUUGUGGCUGUCAAUCAAUAUCAGUCAAUAGCUGUGACAUGUGACGUCAUACAGUAAACAAAGCACCGUUCAAAGUAACUUGUAGGCGGUCUUAAAAUUGUUGUCCUGUCACUUUUCAUGUCGUGAAUUUUAGCUUGCAGAUUGUUGUUGUAACCCAAAACGUUAACUUCCUUGAUUCUCAUCUGCAAAUAAUAUCCCUCUCUUCCCAUUGACACGCUAACAUCUGCCUAUUUUGACUGCCUAAAAAAGCCUCUACCAAUAUUAUUUAAGUCUUAUUUUGUCUGUGGCUAAUGUCUCUCUUUUAUGUCCAUCACUUGGCUUACAUUUAAUACUGUCAAGCUUUAGAAACUAACUACUGAUGAUGCAUUUUUGAAAUAUAUUUUCCCAGGGUAUAGAGUUGUAGAAAAAUUGUUUUCUCCGCUAAAAUAACUGGUCUAUGGGCUUGAAGGAGCACAUUUUUACUAGCCCAGUGUGGACAGUUUCACUAGUACGGGACUAAUGGACUAGCCGUAGCGUCAAGCACUGUUGUGGAAGUUUCUAAAAGUACUAAAAUAAUAACAAAAGCACUACCCAUAGUCCCUGCUCCUAAAACUGAUACUUAUAUAGUAGUUAUGAUAAAUAAUUUUGAUGAUAAUAUUAUUAAAAUAAUGACAAUAACGAGAAUUUUUAACUUGCCGAAAAAUACCAAACUGUUUACCAGUUGCAUGGUUUUAAACACCCUCCCAGCAUUUCUGUUCUGAUGAUACCUCAUGCUUCUGUUGACAUUUUAGAUACCCCAGGAUAUGUCCUCAAGAAAAAAGACAGUCCAAAGAAGUUGGAACUCUGCUUCAUGGGUGAUAUGAGGGAGACAUUAGUUGAUGUUAGUGAAGCUUUUUCUAAGCAUUUUGAUGAGGAAAAGCUACCAGUUCUUCAUAUAACAAAAUUUGACAUGAUAGGAGAAACAGAAGGAACAACACAGGUAAAAGAUAAUUAUUUAUUUCAUAGUAAAAUGUAAGAGCAUCACAUUACGAAUAUACAUCAUCAUUCAUUCAAAAUAUUUCUUAUUUUCUGAUUGGCUUAAAUCCCCUGGUUAAUUCUUUAUAACCAGCAAGCAUUGACCAAAUUUAGCUUUGCCGAUAUCUUUAACCUUGUAAGACCCUGCACCCCCCUCAGUGUAUGUAAUACAGUAAUAAAUUUAUUAACAACCUGAUGUGAAGACUUAUGCAGAUUGAGGAAGGUGUUAUCCUCCUCGGCUGGGAUCUGCAUAAUAAUUCUUCAUAUCACACAAAAACCUAAUGGUCCAAAUAAAUAUUUUUGUGAUCUUUUUUGUUCCUGAAAUUAUGAUAAGGACAGAAAUGUACUUAGAUACUUACCGCCCCACAGGACUCAAGGAUUAGGCUUACAUGCAUUCUAGUUGUUAUGUGUGACUUAGCAUGUUAUAUAUACAGAGUAUAUUACAUGGCCGUGCAGAGAUAAGAAAAAUUAUUCCAUGGGUGAGCAUGAGAUGUUGUUCAACAAGAGAGAAAUUUUUUAUCUCCAGGCGGCCAUGUAAUGUUUUAUUUAUUAUAUAGACACCAAGGAUAUACCAACCCAUGUGGCCAUAAUAAUGGUGAUCUUUACACAUGUGAAGAUAACAUGUUAUUUUCCAGUGUAAAGAUUAUCACUUUUUCAUGCAAAGGCUCACCUGGUAUUCGUUGGUGUUUAAUUGAUAUAUAUUCAUAAGCAGAAUAUAUCGUAUGGAUUAUUUAUAGAUUGAUGUCCUCGAGAUCAAAUAUGACAAAUCAUACGAUGCUAGGCAACUGGAUGAACCAAAUGAAGACAUACUCUCACAAGAUUUUUAUAGUGUUGUUCGUGUUGAUGGCAUCGAUGGAACUUGGGCGAGUCAAUAUUUUCUCCCUGAAGACUGA